UCCUCCACAAUUUUAUGUCCUCCCAUUUUCCAUUCCACUCAUGAGCACUACCUCAAUUCACUCCACAACUUUCCUCCCUCAGAAUCGAAUUCAUUUUCCUCCGAAAAUUCUUAUGGCGAGGACUCUAAUUUCCUCCCCUUCUUUCCUAGGCAUUCCUUUUCCUUCCUCAUUCGACCGUCGCCUCCCAUCACACAGCAGACGUAUAAGUACUAAAGUGAGAUAUAGCCUCCAUGACCUUCCGCCUAUUCAUUCUUUUCAAAGUUCAAUUGACUUUAACGCGAUUGUUAGCCGAGCAGAGGGAAUUCUCUAUACUCUGGCUGAUGCUGCCGUGGCUGUUGAUGGUGGCGCCGCGUCUGAGUCGGCGAGCUCCGCUGCUCAGAAAAGUGGUGGGUGGUUUGGGUUCAUUUCUGACACCAUGGAAGUUGUCCUGAAGGUACUAAAGGAUGGGCUCUCUACUGUGCACGUGCCCUAUGCUUAUGGAUUUGCUAUUAUAUUGCUCACUGUUCUUGUUAAGGUCGCGACAUUCCCUUUGACGAAGCAACAGGUGGAAUCAACACUGGCAAUGCAAAACCUACAACCAAAGAUCAAAGCAAUCCAACAAAGAUAUGCAGGAAAUCAAGAAAGAAUACAACUUGAGACAUCCCGUUUGUACAAACAGGCAGGGGUCAAUCCUCUUGCAGGAUGUUUUCCAACUUUGGCUACAAUACCAGUCUGGAUAGGUUUAUAUCAGGCUCUCUCAAAUGUUGCAAAUGAGGGGCUGCUGACUGAAGGUUUCUUUUGGAUUCCUUCUUUGGGAGGCCCAACAACCAUUGCUGCUAGGCAAAGCGGAGCUGGAAUCUCCUGGCUAUUUCCAUUUGUGGAUGGACAUCCACCACUUGGUUGGCAUGACACUGUAGCAUACCUCGUUUUACCUGUUCUUCUUGUGGUAUCUCAGUACGUGUCAAUGGAAAUCAUGAAGCCUCCCCAAACAGAUGAUCCAUCUCAAAAGAACACACUUCUCGUAUUGAAGUUUCUUCCAUUCAUGAUUGGUUACUUUUCUUUGUCUGUCCCAUCUGGAUUAUCAAUAUAUUGGUUCACAAAUAAUGUGCUCAGCACAGCACAACAAGUAUGGUUACGCAAAAUGGGAGGUGCAACGCCUGCUGUGAGUGAGAAUGCUAGCGGAAUUAUCAGUGCUGGACGUGCAAAACGAUCAGGUGCUCAGCCAGAACGUACGGGUGAUAGAUUUAGGCAGUUGAAAGAAGAUGAGAACAAGAAAAAGGGUAGGGCAUUGCUCGCAGACGAGGGUCAGACUUUGCUUGCACCUGACUCCGAAGACAAGUCAAAUGAAGAAACGAAGUCCAAGGAUGAGGAAGUUCUGGAAGAGGCAUAUGCUUCUAACAGUAAUAAACCAGUUCCAUCUGGUCCGAGGAAAAGUAAACGAUCAAAGCGGAAGCGCACAGUAUGAAAUUGUACAUUGGUUUUGUAGUUACUAGCGAACCUUGUAUAUUUCUUAAAAUUGUGAGUUAGUGAAUAUAUAGCUGGCCCUUCAUACGUCAGUCAUCAGUUUAAGGGCAUGCUUUCUUUUUUGAAACAGUCCCUCAGCUCUCAAUUGUACCUCAUUCAUAUAUUACAUUGUUUAAUAUUAUACAAAUUUGUUAUAGAUCUAAA